AUGGGUCAAGUUCUCAUCAGUGUCUUGACUGCUGGGGAGGGACCAGGUUUGGACCUCAUGGCUGGCGGCUUGGUUGACAGGUAUGAAGCUGCAGGUGUGGACCCUCCUGUUGCACUCUAUGUGGACUGUGGCUGCUGCAAGGAAGUGGGUGAGACCAAAUUGAAGGCCAGAUUUAGUGAAUGGCCUAACUUGAUUGUUCGCCUUGACAUCUGGCACUUUAUGCGACGCCUGGCUGUGGGAUGCACCACUGACGCACACCAGCUGUACCCUACUUUCAUGGCUCGUAUGUCGGCAUGUAUUUUUGAGUGGGAUGCUGCUGAUGUUAAUAAUGUGAGAGAGGCAAAGAGGGCACAGCUUAAAGGGCAUGGCUGGACAGCUCUGACUGAGAAGCAACUAGAUCGGCAAAUUACGAAGGAAGAGUUGGAGCAGCACUGCAGGAGGAGGACGCGUGGAGAAGAGCAAACCAUCCAGCUGUUGGAUCAGCUCAUCGGUGAACUCAUCAGUGACAGGGGAAAGGAUUCGCUUGGUGUUCCUCUUCUGGACCCCAUCCGAAUGCAGCACAUCUGGUUUGUUCAGAAGAGGCAUGUGAAGUGCAUUCAGGACCCACCUGAUGUAGCACUGUACACACAAACUGGCACCAUCAUUAAGGGAGGAGUCCAGCUGCAGACCCUGCGCUGUGCCAGAGGUUCAACAUCUUUGGAGUCUUUCCACUGCCACUUAAACCGGUUCAUUCCAGGAAACAGUGCCAACUCCCUUAACUUCCAAAUCUACCUUUUGGAAGGGCUACAUCGCUGGAACCACAACAGGGCAACUGCUGCUGUAGAGACAGAAACCUCUGGUUUGCGCAUCUACUCUGGCGAACUGGUUCAUAGUGUGAACACCGAUUAUGAGAGGGUUUUCGGCAAAAAGCUGGUUCCCUCUUUUACACCACCUGCAAAAUACACAGGUGAACUGAUAGGAGUGCAGUACCUGCUGAAGCAGAAUAAUGAACCACUGCAGGAUAUGGCACCAGAUUCUGAGGUGGUAGAUGCAUUGCUGGAGCAAAUAGAAGUACAACAGCCAGUAGAGGCCGAUGAGGGCUUUGAGGAACUUGAGAGUAUUGAGGUUUCACUUGCAGAUUUACUUCUGGACACAUCCAAUGUGAUCUCAGUGCUUCCUGACUACCACCCUAUACCUCAGCCUGCUCCACCCACUGCUGAGUCCCCACACCUGCCUAGGCUCCAGCCUGCAUCCUCCGCUGUGGUACAAUCCACUCACCUGCCUAAGCUCCAGCCUGCGUCCUCUGCUGUGGUCCAGUCCACUGUUUCGUCGGGGUUACCUGGGCAAACUACAUCUUCAGAGCAAGUUGCCGUGGAUGAACACAGUAGGGCAGGAAUGGAUCGUGUUGAUGUGCUUGCGGAGUACUUGGUGGAGCUACGAAAGGAAAAAGGCCUAACUCUUACCAACCAGCAGGCCAACACCAUUGUGGGUCUUUGGCAUAAAUUGGAGCAAAAUGAUAAACACCGGAUUUUGUAUGCUGCACGACAUCAGGAACGACUGCUCACUGGUCGAUUUAGGUCACCCAAAAAGAAGGCUGUUUAUGCAGGAGUUGAAAGCACAAAAAGGUGUGUACUUGGUUCUUCUGGUUCUGCUGCUCAAUGGCCAGAUUGCAGCCGACUUAUUGAAAUGAUCUUUAUCAGGUUGUGCAACAUUCAUAGUAGCCCCCAAAAAAUUGGACACCAAACUUUUUCUAGGUGGUCACAAAUUCUAAAUGAUUACAAAAACAUUCGACAGCUAAUUUUGAACAAUGGCAUUAUUAUGAAAGACACAACCCUGCAACUUGUCACUGUAAACCAGACCACCUUAAUACAGUGGCAUAACAAAAGAUUUAAAGCACAAGAUGUUGCCAUUCUGAUGCAAGGGCUGGUACUGCCUCAGGAACAGCCCAUUGCCAGUGAACCACUGCUCCCAGUAAAUGCUAGGCCCACUCAACUCACACCACACAAACAUGAACACACUUACAACCUGCCACCUGACACCACUGGCCAGGCAAAAACAAAACUCACUGUCAGAGACAGAGCUGAGCUGAAAACCAUUCAGCCAAAACCCCCUGCAUCUCAGCCAACAGUUUUUUAUAUGCCACUCCACAUGCCAUCUACCACUGCAGCAGGCAACAAUUUGCCACGGCUUCUGCUGCCACCCCCCACUACACCAAACAUCAAAUGCCCACCAUAUUCUAAAACAACACCUACAGGCCUUACCCAAACCCAAGAGACAACCCAAAAAGAAAAGCGCAAAUACACAAGGACAGUCACAUCCAACAGAUGCACUAAAUGCGGUGAGCCACGCACCACAGAAACUGGCCAUAGCCAAUACAAAGGCAGGAUUUACUGCCCAAACAGGGAGACACUGACCAAAGAGCAGUGGCUCAGAAGGAUGAGAAAAUAAGGGAGUACAAUUGGGUACUUUUUCACACUAAUUUUAUUGUGUGUGUGUAUAUAUGUUCAUUUAAAUAUAUGAUGUUAGUGUGUGUAUA